GGCCCCCAAGAAGAAGACCCCACCGGGAUCCCGGAGACUCUGAGGUGCCUGCUGUCUGGGAGCUGGCAGUGCACAGAUGCACCAGGGAGUGAGCCAUUACUGGAGGUUGCUCUUUUGCCAAUGACUCUCCCAAUUCCUCCAGCAUCUUAGAAGAUAAGAUGUGUGAAGGGAACAAGACCACCAUGGCCAGCCACCAACUGAUACCCCUGGUGGUAGUCCUGAGCACCAUCUCCUUGGUCACAGUGGGGCUCAACCUGCUGGUCCUGUGUGCUGUGCGGAGCGAGCGGAAGCUACACACUGUGGGGAACCUGUACAUCAUUAGCCUCUCAGUGGCAGACCUGAUUGUGGGAGCUGUUGUCAUGCCAAUGAACAUCAUCUACCUCUUCAUGUCCAAGUGGUCUCUGGGCAGGCCUCUCUGCCUCUUUUGGCUUUCCAUGGACUACGUGGCCAGCACAGCAUCCAUUUUCAGUGUCUUCAUCUUGUGCAUUGAUCGCUACCGCUCUGUCCAGCAGCCCCUCAAAUACCUGAAGUAUCGCACCAAGACCCGAGCAUCGGCCACCAUCUUGGGAGCCUGGUUUCUCUCCUUCCUCUGGAUUAUUCCCAUUCAGGGCUGGCGUCACUUUAUGCCGCACAACCUAAAGCCCCGAGAAGACAAAUGUGAGACAGACUUCUACGAUGUCACCUGGUUCAAGAUCAUGACUGCUAUCAUCAACUUCUACCUGCCUACCUUGCUCAUGCUCUGGUUCUAUGCCAAAAUCUACAAGGCUGUACGGCGGCACUGUCAGCACCGGGAGCUCAUGAAUGGAUCCCUCCCUUCCUUCUCUGAAAUUAAGGUGAAGCCAGAGAACCCCAAGAUAGGGGCCAUGAAACCAGGGAAGAAGUCUCUCUGGGAGGUUCUGAAAAGGAAACAGAAAGUUGCUGGUGGUGAACCUGUCUCGAAGUCACCAUCCCAAGAUCCAAAUGAGAUGAAAUCCUCAGGUGUCUACAGCCAAGAAGAGGAUGAAGAAGUGGACAAACUUCACUGCUUCCCGCUUAAUAUUGUGCAAACACAGACUGAGGCAGAGGGGAGUGGCAAGGACUACAUAGCCAUCAACCAGAGCCAGAGCCAGCUUGAGAUAGAUGAGCAGAGCCUGACCAUACAUGGGGCCAGUGAGGUGUCAGAGGAUCAGACCCUAGGUGAUAGCCAGUCCUUCUCUCCAGCAGACUCAGACAUCCCCACAGAGUCAGCAUCAGGGAAAGGCAAACCGAGAAGUGAGUCUAGCAUAGGCCUUGAUUAUAUCAAGUUCACUUGGAAGAGGCUCCGCUCUCAUUCAAGGCAGUAUAUGUCUGGGUUGCAACUGAACCGAGAACGGAAGGCUGCCAAACAAUUGGGUUUUAUCAUGGCGGCCUUCAUUCUUUGCUGGAGUCCUUACUUCAUCUUCUUCAUGGUCAUUGCCUUCUGCAAGAGCUGCUGCAACGAACAUGUGCACAUGUUCACUAUCUGGCUGGGCUACAUCAACUCCACACUGAACCCCCUCAUCUACCCUUUGUGCAAUGAGAACUUCAAGAAGACAUUCAAGAGAAUUCUGCACAUUCGCUCCUAAGGGAGGCUAUAAGGGGAUGCAACAAAGUGACACUUACGAUGUCCCUGAAGAAAAUGGAUGGUGAAGGCCUGUGGGUUGCCAAAUACCUGGGCUUUCUGGAGUCAAAAGAAUAGUAUUAAGGGCUGGGUCAUUUGGAAAGUUCUUAGGCACCAUUGGAAGAACUGCAGAUGGCAGUGGUCAGCAGAGAAUGUACUUUGAGUACAAAGCAGAAUAUUUCCAAGAGAAUUCAAUCUGGAUGAGUACUCCUGCUCCUCAGGAAAUGUGGGAGCCUCAGACUCUCAUUGUAAUUCAAGCUUCCAGACUUGAGUUCAUUGGCAGUUGAAAGGACUCGUGGGUAGAGUUGCACUGGAGAUUUGAACUCUAGAGCCAUCCUGGAAUGGAUCUAUAUGACUGUGCACACAUGCAGCUAAAUGCUGUCCCUUUCCAGGGGUCACCUGGAGAGGCAUAACAGGUAUUCCACUGUGACUGCCACUCCUCAGAAUGCCUCUCUUCUGAGCCUCUUUUACAGCUUUUUCCAGAACUAAUGUCUGAACUGCCCUAGAAAUUCUGCCUUAUUAUUUCUCAUUCACACGUCUCAGAAUUGAUAGGAAAUUAUGCAGCGUUUUCAACCCCAAAUUCUUUUUAGCUAUUUUUUUAAAGAUGAUGAAAGCUGCCCACAAAGGAAAGAGAAAAAUAAAGUUUUAAUGGUUUCACAUUUAAAACUUUUUUUUAAUGGAAUGAGAAAAGAAAGCCGUAUUUCUUGGGUGUUAUGCCAGGUUUAUCUAAUUAAAUCCCCAUCACACCCCACAACAGGAGGGUGGUGUAAUGAGCAAAGCAAACUGAGAUGCAGCAUGGUGAAAUAAGCUGCCCAAGAUCACAUAACUAGUUAUGUGAGACAGCUAGAAUGAAACCCUGUGGGGUUUCAGCUCAUCAUAACACAUUUUCUCCCCAAAGCAAAAAUUUCUCUCUCUCUCUCUCUCUCUCUCUCUCUCUCUCUCUCUCUCUCUCACAUACACACACACACACACACACACACACACACACACACACGCACUUCCUGAGAGUGGUAGCAAUUCUCAAAAGAAUAUGUUGUGAGCAGGAACAGCCAACAUAGAAUAUGUCUGUGGCCAUUGAAGGUGAUACUUUGAAGGGACAGUGUG